AUGGCAAGCAAAGUUAAAGUUAAGGCUGGUAGAAGAACCAAUUCUUCAACGACAAAGAAUAGUAAAAGUUUGAUCGGAAGAAUUGAACCAGUAACAAGAUCAAAUAGAAACGCUACAACAGUUGAUUCUAAAAAGAAAUCAGGUAAUGCCAAGUCUAAGAAAACUUCUAAAGAUUUGAACUCUAUUUCAGUUAUUAAUGGGAAAUUGGUCUCAUCUGAUGAUAUAGGUAUCUUAUUAAGAAAAACUGCAAAGGAACUUAGUGCUAAGGAAAACAGAGAAAAGAAGAAAUCUAACUCUAAAGAUUCAGGUUCCAAAAAAAAGGGCUCCCUGUUUGGCGAUUCCUUAACUGAAAGGACUAUCAAAAUCGAACAAGCCCAACGUCACAAACAGAACUCGGGUGUAUUAUCACCACAAUUUCAAGAACAACUGAAGGAUCAGAUCAGAGCUCAAGUUCAAGCUUCCAUCGAAGCUCAAUUGAAAAAUGAUUUCACAAAUAGAGAUGAAACUAGAAUUUGGGGGGAUAGUUUUUCCACUGCUGAAUACAUAGACAGAGAAAGAAGACGUUCUGUGAAGAAACUUAGAGCAGAAAAAGCAUUUAGAGGAACCGCUGGUCUUCAAGCAAGAAUACCAACAGGUAACCGUAAAAUCAAAUCCAGAAAAGGUCCUUCCUUCUCAAAUCAACUAGUGAUCAGUACAGAAGUUAAUACAAAGGAUAAAGUAUUAAUGAUAUAUAAUUUGGCACUAGGGGUUAAGCAAGAUAAUUUGAAGAAAAUUCUACAAAAAUUAUCAGAAAUAUCCAUUUCGAGGGUAAAGGUAAGCGAUUUGCCAUCAGGUUCAGCUACCGCUUGCGUUUGGUUGACGAAACCAUCGAUAGAAUUACUAGAACAUUUCACUGAAAUUUUUGAUGGUGCAUUGGUUGACGGUAGAACUGUUAAAGUUACGAUUGCAUCGGACCCUUCUACUGGUAAUAGUCUGAAGUAUUGA